CUCUCAAAGCUGGAUGCGGGGGAGUGAGCCUGGAACAAACCUCGCCUGAGUUUGUGGGCAGAGCCGGGAGCAGGGAAAGCUGGGAACAGAAAAGAGGCAUUUCACGCCGUCGGCUGAGUCACACCAAGCGUAUAAAACCAAGGCCAGGCAGCCGGAGCCACUCCGAGCGGAGGCACGAGGCACCAGGACUUUAGGACAGGAAACAGAUCUUGCAAACUGCAGGCACCUCAGAGAAGGAUGUUGUCGCCCUUGCUCAUCCUCCCACUGCUGCUGGGGACCACAGCGCAAGGCCCCGUGAGCAGAGCAGCAUCCAGGGAUGUCACCACCUUUUUCCAGCUGGCUCAGGAAGACACUUGGAACAAUGUUAAUCUUACCAGCAUGUCCUGUGAGGAUUGGAAGAACAAGACCUGGAUCACUCUGCAGCUGACCAACAGCAACCUGACAGCUUUUCCUGUCUGCCUUCCAGAGGCCCUGGAGACCUUGGAUCUCAGCAAUAACCUCCUGCAAGAGGUGAACGGCACAGAGAUAGCAAACCUCCGACAGCUGCAUGUCCUCUCGCUGAGGCACAACCACCUCUGGUCAGUGAGGUGGGGAUCUGAAGCCCUCAGCAGUCUGCUCAAGCUGGACUUGAGCUUUAAUAAGCUGUCAUCUGUGCCAUCCUGCCACGGCUCUGCCCUGCCUAACCUGAGGUGGUUGUCCUUGGCUGGAAAUCCACUGAUGGAAAUCCAGCCACUGGCUUUUUCCUGCUACCCUCAGCUGCAGGUCUUGAACCUCUCUGCAACACUGCUUGGGCAGGAUGACAGCAGAGGAAUUGGGGACUCUGCUUUUGCCAUCAGCACAGAUCCCAACGAGGCCAUGAACAGGCCUGGAAGCUCCAUCAACGUGCUUGAUCUGAGCAGAACCUUUUUUGAGAAAAUUCAGCCAGAGUGGGUCAGAGACUUGGCCAACCUCAGAUCACUUCACCUGACAAACAUGCCACGGUUAAGAAGCCUCGACAGCGACGUCUUCAAGUCUCUGCCUGGUCUCCAAGAGCUGCACUGUCAGAACUCCCGUUCCCUGAGUUUUGUGCAGACAGAGAUGUUUGCCAGUGCUCCUCAUCUGAGCCAUCUCUCAUUUGAGAACUGUAACCUGAGUUCCUUUAAUCCUUGGAACACCAAUUCAUCGGAUGGCAUCACCACCAUCAACUUGUAUGGGAAUCCUCUGCUGUGCAACUGCCAGCUCUCCUGGCUGCUGUCCAAGCCCAAGAAAGUCGUUCUGCAAAAGGCUCGGGAGACUUUUUGCACAUCCCAGGAAGAUUCUGGCAGACCUCCAACAUCUUUUUCGCUGCUGGAGCUCUACGAUAAAUGCCAUUCAGAGAGCAAUGUUACACUGCCUGAUUCAAGCACAGCCCUUCCCAACUACAAUGCUUUCAGUUUCACCAGUGAUGAUGCCUCUGCUACAGUAACAACAGACUCAGCUCUGUUGACCAAAGAUUUGACUCACACCAGUUCCCUUAUCCAGAGGAAUGUAAGGAACACAGCAACACCCAACCCAAUGCUAACCAAAGACACCUAUACCAGCUCCUUAAUCCAGAGGGAUGGGAUGAGCACUGCAACACCCAACCCAACACAAACCAAAGACACCUAUACCAGCUUCCUAAUCCAGAGGGAUGGGAUGAGCACUGCAGCAUCCAACCCAAUGCUAACCAAAGACGCCUAUACCAGCUCCCUAAUCCAGAGGGAUGUGAUGAGCACUGCAGCAUCCAACACAACAGAGUUGAUCCUAACAAAAUCCAACAGUUCCUCCCACGAGGAGGCAGUUUCUGAAUCCACAAGCAAUCCCCCUUCCUUAGCAUCUGUAGCCUCCUUCCCAGUUUUUCUCCAAGAGCUCUUUGCUCAGUCCCCAGAUCACAGCUCCACAAGUCCAGCUGGAACAGAACAGCUACAGAGAGGGCUCAGAACAACCGACACAACAUUACCUCAGGAAGGGCAAUUCAACCAGACCACCAGUGAUUAUUCCACUGGAGGAACAGGAGUUCCCCACACCACCAACCACCACGUUCACUCCUUUGCCACCCAUGCCAAGGAAGGUGCCCCACAAACGAGCCCCCCACAGCUGAACUCCACAAGGAGCAGUGCCCAUUCAGAGCCUGCACCCACCACACCAUCACCACAUUACAUUGAUGACUAUGACUAUGAAGAAGCAGCAAAGGAAACCCCAGUGCAAGGCCCACAGGUGCACAUCGCCUGUGACUACAAUCCUUGCAGGCACCUGCAGAAGCCAUGCAGGGAACUCCAGAACAUAUCCCAGUGUUCGUGUCCCGGCACGUCGAGGGAAGAUGAGAUUCCAGACCCACCCAGGCUCAGAGAGGUGAUUGAAGUCACUGACAGCUCUGCACAGGUACGCUGGUGUGCCCCUUAUUCAGUUGUUCACAGCUAUGAGCUGAUGCUUCGUGCCCAGGACAGCGAGGACAGGCAGCUUGUCAUGGACAACAUCUACCCCACAGCCAGGCAGUACACUCUGUAUAACCUGCUGCCAUUCACCACUUACCAAAUCUGUGUGACUGCCUCCAACAAAGCAGGGUCAAGCCAGACAUCAGGCCAGGAAAUUCCAGGUAAUUCGUGCACCAGCUUUAAAACAAAACCCAGCUACAAGUAUGUUUUUGCUGGUCUGUCUGCAGCAAGUGGACUCUUUCUCAUUACCACAAUUAUUUUGUCUGUGUGCCUGUGUAAGGCAUGUAAAAAGCCUCAGAGUGAGCAGUAUGGUACACACUUAGUCUCCUACAAGAACCCAGCAUUUGAUUAUCCCUUAAAAUUACAAACCACUAAUUAGCUCUGAGUGAUUGUUCUAUGCAUUCAAAGUUCACUAUCUCCAUCACCUUGGUGUGUUUUUGUGAGACUCUGAAAAUGUCCUUCAGCAAAACUAUGAACCAUCAGAUUCCAUAACCCUGACGUUUCUAAGGGAGAGAAAAGCACCAAAAAAAAAAGAGAAAAACUAAUAAUGAAGGUAGUCAACCAGAAAAAAGGCUUUGGACUCCUGUUCCUGUGCUAAGCAGCAGCAAGCCUGGACACUAACCUUGUAAAGUUGUUUUUGUAAUCAGCUACAAAUGGAGUAGCAUAAAUUUCACACAGUAAGAGGCUGCCUGGCCAGCUGUCUGCCUCCAGUAUCUCUCAUGAGCACAGUCUGUGUGAUGAGAGCUGUAAUCCAAGGUGCAUUAAGCUGAGCAAGACACACUGCUUUUAUUCACAGAGCAAAACUGGGGGUUCAAUUUUUUAAAGGUAUUCUCCAUGAAGAGAGUACAGCUGAAAGGAGUGAGUGGGCUCAGUGACAAGGUGCUGUGCAGCUCUAACUCCUCCAAGGAAAUGCAGUGGAUGCAGAUCAUCAACCUAACCAGUUCAGGAAAAAGAAACAUGAAAUUUAACUGUAGUCAUAGGUUGUGCAGGAUCCUUAGGACAGAGGUAAUUGUUCUGUUCUGACUUUUUUAUGAGUUUGUCCACAACUGAGCAUCCCAAGUGCUUCCCCAAAGCAAGCUGACAGGCAGUGGGGGGUUUGCAGUACGGUAGUGACCCACAGAACGGGAGAAGGGAGCAUAUUAACAUUUGCUUCCCAGUGGAUUUUAAGCAGAGAGGAUGUUCUGUCCCAAGAUUUACCUCAUACAGAGGCAAAGAGCCAAGUAAUGAAGCAAUUUAAUGCAUGUGCUGCUGAGACCUGAAAAAUCCUAGUUUUUUGUUGCACUAGCAGCAGUUCUGCAGACACCUUUCAAAUGAACUCUUGGGUGCCAAUUUCUGUACAAUAAUAGGAGAUGCUGACAAUCCCAACUUUGAGAUGCCACUAGAAUCCAAGGAGGUGUCCCAAUCUGAUAUUUCCUCAUAGGUUUCAGUUUCAGGAGCUGCCUGUUCCAGCUGCUGUACACUGCUGUACAAACACAGUGAAUAAAACCCCCUGGACUCUGAGGGGAAAGUGCUGUACUGUGUAAAAGUUCCAUUCUUUUGGGGUUUUUAAUGCUUUCAGUAUUACAGAAAUAAAAGCUACAGAGCUAUAUUCUGGGUUUUUAAAGACAUGGAUCUUGGUGUUGUCUUUACCAUCGACAAUGUUCAGCCUGAAAAAUUAACUCCUUUUGUUGUUUUAGAAUGAACUUUCAACAUAUAGUAAAGAAAUGUUUUUAUUACGGUA